CUCAUUGUCGGAACCUGCAACGAGAGAAGAGAUCAGUAGAGCAGACAACCGGAGAACAGUCUGAGGCACCGCAGACCAUCCCAAAGGCGACUCCAACUGGCGGACAGGCGAAGCAGGGGUGACCAAGCCCUGGUCCGGCCAUCGCAACCGUCGAGGUCCACUCCAGACGUUGUACACACUCCAGAAAGAUAACAAACCAGGUCCCUGUGAGUCCAUCCCAACACGAAGAAACCAGUAAAAUAAGCACCGGUGAGUACUAGCUGUUAGGAAGCGGAGGUUAAUACGGCAGAACUCCGGUCCCCACAAACUAGCAGAGCACUAAAGGAUUCCAGCUGCAAGGCAUCGAGGAGGCAGGUAAUGUGCAUACAUCAUUCUUCUAUAGCUUUGUAUACGGAGGAGUUGGAGACUCCCAUCAACAGGCGGAAGGAAAAAAGGCACAUCCCUUAACCAGAGACAGAACAGAGCAAGGCACCAAGCCCAUGACCAUCUCACGUCAAAGAAAACAAACCGUAGCUUACCAACACGCCAUGGAGGCUGUCAUGAAAACUGGAUGGAGAAGAAGUCCCCAGCGAAGGCCUCAGCUUCGCCUUUUCAUCUUAGACCGAAGGCUAGAUGGGGAAGUUCUGGCUAGAGCAGUCGACAGCUGAGACGUGGGAGGACAGAGGAGGUAGAACACACCGGAGAAGAUGAGGCAGCGACGCUCAACUACUCCGACAGACCUCCAAAACAGAUCUGACCCAGAUCUGGUUCAAGUCAAACCCUAGAUCUACAAAAACGUCGAUGCCUCCUGCUUAGAUCCGACCACCAACGACCUCGCCACCACUCCAGAGUUGCUGAGUACACACUCAGAAACCGCUUUGGUUCACCGGAUCCGGCCGCAACCCGAUGAAGAACCAGAGAUGAUAUGCAAAGAGGAGAAAAGAACGACAGAUCUUAGCAGGGGAGGAGGCUGGACACGGGAGCGUUUUGGGGGUGGCGACCGACGGGUAGAGACCCUCCGUCGGCCACCGGAAGAAGAAACAAUUGAAGUGGCGAAGAGAACAAGAGUUCGAGGGAGAGAGAAAAGAGAGAAAAAAUCUCUCACCUCUCUCUCACCUCUCUAUUCAUUCUUUCAUCCCAAGAAACCUAAAUAACCCUAACUUUCUUCACAAGAAACCUUAACACCCUUCAAAAACAGAAAGAAAAUGAAGUCUGGUCAGAGUGAAAUCGUGGAAACAAGCAAAGGUAUCAAAAAGAGCGGUCUGAUGAGCAGAAGAAUCGCGAUUCUCGAGUUUCUCCUCAGGAUUGUUGCCUUCUUCAACACCAUAAGCAGUGCAAUCCUCAUGGCAACAACAAAUGAAACUCUGCCUUUCUUUACUCAGUUCAUACGGUUCCAUGCAGAUUACAACGAUCUUCCAGCUUUAACGUUCUUUGUGGUUGCAAAUGCUGUUGUAAGUGGCUACCUAAUCUUGACUCUACCUUUAGCAUUUGUCCACAUUGUCAAGAACAAGACUGAGAACAGUAGAAUACUUCUUAUCGUUCUUGAUGUGGCAAUGGUGGGUCUUCUAGCUUCGGGAGCAGCCUCAGCAGCAGCUAUUGUGUACUUGGCGCACAAUGGGAACAAUAACACAAACUGGUUCGCUGUUUGUCAGCAGUUCAACUCCUUCUGUGAGCGUAUCUCAGGGUCUUUGAUUGGAUCUUUCAUCGCCGUUGUCCUCCUCAUUCUUCUCAUUAUUCUAUCAGCUAUUGCUAUUUCUCGACGCCAUUGAAGAUAUGGUCUUAACUCGAAAUAUGGGUUUUGUUUGUCCCCUGAUUUUAAAAAUAUAUGGUUUGGUGUGUACAGUGUGAACUUGAGUUUUCAGCGUGUGUCCUCUGCAUUUGUGGUUGUUCAAUUCUCAUCUCCAUUGCGAUGUAUGUAACGGGUUACUAUUUCAAAAUUUGU